AAGAUCAACCUCAGAGUCAAAAUCAAAGAUAGGAUUCCUGCUGGUGACACAGUCACCUCCGCGCGCGUCGCACGGGCCAAAACACACUAACACACCCUUCCAAGAGGAAGCACGCGCCACUGUCCCACCAAAGAAGAACCGCAACAGGAAACAGCCGCUCCGCCUGGUUCCCAGGUUCUCCUGCCUUUACCAGGCGCAGCAGCAUUGAUCCUCAGUUUGCCGUCUGACCGUCGGAGAGUUUGGAGCUGAGCCGCAACAGAGCGCAGAAAACCAGGGUCACAGGGGGCAUGUACCUAUCUCCAGGAAUCUUUGGAUGAAAAGUGAGGUACACCCUGUAUAGGUCACCAGCCAAUUGAGGGCCAACACGGGAGGUUAGGCUAAGGAGUGAUCGGAGCCCGUGUGUUGAGUGAAGAUGAUUCCCUUGAUGAUCUGUGCUUUGGUCUCCAUGAGUGUUGCAGACACUAGUUUAGACAGAGAGUUAUCUAAUCUGGAGUAUUCAAGGACUAUCUAUGUCAUAGAAAAUGGGCCUAAACUGAAUGUGACGAGCGGACAAAGCAAGGUCAUAUCGAGGCGAGGGGGAACUGUAACUUUACCAUGCAGGAUUCAAAGGGACCCGCAGCUAACAUCCAUAUCCACAAUGAGGAUCAAGUGGACUAAAGACACAGCAGACUUUCUGAAGGAGGUGAAAGUUUUUGUUGCUGCCGGUCAUCGCAAUAAAAGUUACGGGACCUUCCAGGGACGUGUCCACCUGCAACGCUCCUCUCCUAUGGACGCCUCCCUGGUGAUGAAGGAUCUCACAUUAGAUGAUUAUGGGACAUAUAGAUGUGAAGUCAUGGAUGGUCUGGAAGAUGAUACAGCAGUAGUGUCCCUUGAACUUGAAGGUGUUGUCUUCCCCUACUUUCCACGCUUGGGACGCUACAACCUUAAUUUUAAUGACGCUGCGCGGGCAUGUCGAGACCAGGAUGCUGUUGUUGCCUCUUUUAAACAGCUGUAUGACGCAUGGCAAGAAGGGAUGGACUGGUGCAACGCAGGUUGGCUGAGUGAUGGUACGGUACAGUACCCCAUCACCAACCCCAGAGAACCAUGCGGAGGGAAAAACACACCGCCAGGCGUUCGCAAUUAUGGCUUGAGAGAUAAGGGCAAGACUCACUACGAUGUGUUUUGCUUCACUUCCUUCUACAGAGGUAAAUUCUACUAUCUUAACCACCCCUCUAAGCUGACCUAUGAUGAAGCCGUGAGGGCUUGUCAAAAGGAUGGUGCUCAGAUUGCUAAGGUUGGCCAAAUGUUUGCUGCCUGGAAGCUGAAUAAGUACGACCGCUGCGAUGCCGGCUGGUUGGCGGAUGCCAGUGUCCGUUAUCCCAUCUCUAAUCCAAGACGACGCUGCAGUCCCACAGAAGCUGCUGUGAGGUUCAUGGGCUUCCCUGACAAAAAGCAAAAGCUGUACGGAGUGUACUGCUACAAGGAAAACAAUUAGGCUGUGAAGGCUAUUCUGCAAACACUUAUAUACAGUUCACAAGCAUGCACAAACAUUAGCAUUGAAGAACACUCUCAAGGACUAAAACACAUAGAAAAGGGAACUCCAAAGAAUGGACGGGUACAUUAAAUCUGUGACA